GAUUCGGAAAAAUCCGCAUUACAAAUUAGAAAUACAAAGUCUUCGACUGAGUUUGUCGUCGGUGAUGAUGAGCAUCUCCUCCUCAUUACCAUCAUCGUCGUCGUAGCUCGCUCCUCCUCCUUUGUUUUAUAUCCAAUCUCCGCCGCAGAAACCGAAUCAGAGCCACCGGAGGAGAUGUACGUCACGGCGGUGCGCCCGACGGAUCUGAAUCGGAACACGGAAUGGUUCACGUACCCUGGCGUAUGGACCACCUACAUUCUCAUCGUCUUCUUCUCUUGGCUCAUCGUCCUCUGCCUCUUCUCUUGCUCUCCCGGCAUGGCCUGGACCGUCGUCCACCUCGCUCAUUUUCUGGUUACGUACCAAUUCUUUCACUGGAAGAAGGGAACACCAUUUGCUGAUGACCAAGGUAUCUACAACGCACUUACUUGGUGGGAGCAGAUAGACAAUGGCAACCAGCUCACUCGAAACCGGAAGUUUCUAACUGUUGUACCUGUUGUGUUGUAUUUGAUAGCAUCUCAUACAACAGACUAUCAAAAUCCGAUGCUCUUCUUCAACACACUAGCAGUUUUUGUGCUGGUAGUGGCAAAGUUCCCAAACAUGCACAAGGUUCGUAUAUUUGGAAUCAAUGGUGACCUCUGAUUUCUAAAAGAACAAGGUUGACUUCAGUUUUCUUGGUCUAGUUUAUAUUGGCAAUCAAAUCUAAUGGUAUAUCCCUGUUGAUGUUGACACUGGAAACAGUAUUAUUUUUUGAAUGAAUUGAAACUUUCAACUGCCCUCCACUCUCUCGGUUGCAUACUAAACUGACUGGGAUAUUGUCCA